AUGUUUAGUAAAAAGUGGUUUAAUUUAUUUAGUGAUUGCACAGCGUUUACUGGAGACAAAUGGGAGUUGCUUGAAUAAGACACGAUUGGCUUUUUGGCAGGAAAUACUUUAUGUAAGUGGAAUCUAGAAAAUAAUAGCAAGAGCUUUGUGCAUUCUUAGAGACAAGGGUUUUAGUGUUUUACAGUUCAUUAUAGGAAAAACAUUUUGGUUGUGGCAGAAUAUGGGCUGAAUCCAAUAGUUCAUGUUUAUGAUAAUGAAAAUGAAUAUGAUUUGGUUGGCGUGAGUCCAUUGGAAAUACUUUAAAUGGAAGUGUCUAAUUGUGGACGUUAUUUGUUGGUGAUUUUGGGAGUACCAAAAUUUGAAAUUUGUUUAUGGGAUUUGAAGGAGAAGUGCAGAAUCAAAGGAAAGUUUAGUUAAUUGCCAUUGAAGUUGAAUUUUAUAGAGGCCAAAUUCACAAUAUUAGGUGAACGAAUUCUAAUUCGAUACGCAAACUAGUUGUAAUUAUAUUAAAUUACACCUCAUUAUGAUAAUUAAAUUCAGAAGCAGGUCUAAUUGGAAUUGGUAACAUCGAUUGAUCUUUCAGCUCCAACCAUAAUGGUUCAAGAUUACAAUCUAAUUGAUGAUUCAAAAAACCAAUUUGAAUAAAACAACAUCUAUUUAAUCUAAGGAAAUGUAUUGAUUUAUCUGGAUGGAACAAAUUUAACUGAAAUUGCUAGACAUGAGUGUCAUUCAGAGAUUAAACACUUAAUUCCAACCUAAAUUCAUUUAAUUGUCGUAUAUGCUAAUGCUAAAAUUGAAUGGUUGUACAAAUAUAUAACUAACAAUCUGGAAGAUAAAGUAGCUGUACCAUUUAAAGUGAAUAAGAAAUAUAAUUUACAUGAUCACAUAGAAGUCAAAAAAAUAAUGUACAAUCAAUAAUGCACUAAAUUGAUUUGGUUCAUAAGACAAUGCUACUCUCAAUAUAAUCCCUAUGAGGCCUAAGUUGAUUAACAAGAAGAGGAUAAAGUCAUUGACUUGACCCAUGAGAUUGAACCAGUUAAGUUAGGUCCCUAUUAAAAAGGAGUCAUAACAUUUAUAAGAGAAUACAAAUAACAUAAUGUGAUUGUUUGUGGAUCAGAUCAAGGAGUAGUAUUAUUUAUGGAUGUGAUAUCAAAAUAACCUUUGAGUAGCUUUAAUAUUGAAGGCAAAAUCAUUUCUGGGGAAUUGAUAGAACCAAACUUAAUAAUAGGUACAUCAGCAGGAGUAUUAAGAUUUUAUAAUGUUGCUGACAUUCGUUAGCCAGUACUUUUCAAGAUGAUCAAACUCUAUAUUGAUAAAGCUAUAUCGAGUAUAAGUAUAAUUGAUAACAAUUUGGCUGUUUGCAGCAGUGAUUCUCCAACAGUAUUUUUCUUUUAAAAUGAAAAUUUGAUUGGGUUUGUUGAUCUUCCAUUUAAUUGUUAAGCAAUCACUUACGGAAAAGGUCAAUUAUUUUGUAUCUGCUCAUUUUUAUUAUUGAGCAUACCUCAACCAAAAUAAUAAUCAUCUUUGAAAUUGGAAGUGUAAAUAAUGGGAAGAAAGAUUGACCCAGAUUAAACUCUGUUGAUUGUUACACCUUAAUAAGAAGUAAUUACAACUGGAAAGGAUAAGAUCUUUAAAAAAUAUAAGUUUCCUGAAGAAUUAUUAUCGAAAAUGGAUUUAAAAAUGAGAGUUGCAAAUUAACCUCCAGUUGAUGAAUAGGAUGGCCAUCAAUUACCAGCUACAUGCUUGGCAAUUAAGGAUUUUCUAUACUCUUCAGCAAAGGAUGGCACAAUAAUGUUUAGAAGUUAUCAGCAAUUAAAUUAAGAUGUCAGGUUAUUGAGAGGACAUAAUCUGAAAUCAGGUGGUGUCUCUACUAUAUAUGUAUCAUAGAAGUUUAAGAUGAUAUAUUCUGGUGGUUUUGAGGGAGAUUUAUUCUGGUGGACAGGAGAAAAGAUUAGAGGAGAUUCAGAUGCAGCAUAAUUGAUGAAGAGCAAUUACAAUGCCCCUAUGGAAAUUUAGGAUAUGCCAGAUCAGGAAGUCAGAUACUAUUAAUAGGUCUUGGAGAGCGAAUUUCUUGAAUAAUAGGCACCUAUUAGAGAAUAACAAAAAAGAUAGACAAAAGAUCUAUUGAAAUAAAUUCAAACUAAAUUAAAUGCACUCUUAUAAGAAAAUGCUGAGUCUGAUGAAUUAGAAAAAUUAUAAAGAGAUGAAUUUGUUAUUGAUCUAUAUGCUCGAGAUGCUAUUCUAGAGGACGGAAAGAAAUAAUAAUAAGCAUUGAGAGAUUUGGUCAAGAAAGAAAAUGUUAAGUAAGAGAUACUCUAUUAAUUGAUCAAAGAGAGAACUUGGGAUCAGAUUGAAAUUCCUUUGAAAGGUGUUAAUGGAUUGAUUUAACACAUCAUUGUUACCAAUUAUCAUAUUAGAGUUAGACAAUCUGAAGAAACGAGAAAAUUAAAAUUAAUUAGAGAAUUAAGAAAAUAAGAAAUUAGAGAACUCAAAAUUAGAAAACAAUAAGCAAUUAAAGAAGCAUGGAGUAUUGAAGAACAUAUUCAAGAUCCAAAAUAUAUAAUCAAUUCUAAACCUGGUGCUUAGACCAUGGUCUUAAAUGAUUACGAAAAGAAGGAGGAAGUGGCUCCUACUAAGGUUGCUGCUAAGCCUGGUGUUGGAGGUGUUUAAUAAAAUAUCAAAUAAAGAUAAUAAUAAUAAUAAUAACAAUAAUAAUAAGAGGAGGAGAAGAGAUAAGAAGAGGAAAAAUAGAAAGAAUUGGAGAAAUAAUAAUAAUAUGAAGAAUUGACAGAAUGGGAUUAUUUAUAUGGAGUUAGCGAGUUAUUUACUCUUAAUAGAAAGAGAAAUCAAAUGAUAUUGAUUAAUGAUGUGAUAUUUUCAAUGAAAAGAUAAUUUAAUGCUGAGUUUGAAUUGAUCUAAAAAUAGAGAUAAUAAUAAUUGGAUAAUAUUAAUGAAAGAAAUAAGAGAAUUAUUGAAAUUAAUGGAGAAUUGAAGAGAGAUCCUCAAUUACAAUUAAUGAAAAAGAAUAUUUUGGAGGACCCAGAAAAAAUAUUGAUUGUUAAACCAGAAGAAAUAGGAUUCCAAUAAUAUGAGACAAGAGAAAUGAGAGAGAAGAAGGAAUAAGAAAGAUUGAAAGAAGAAGCUCGUUUGAAGGCUUUGAUGGCAGAUGAUUCAGGAGUUAGAGCAGUUAAAGACAUGAUGGGAGGUACCUUGGAAGAAAAGAAGGAAACUCCAUUAGAUGAGAAAUUAGAAGUAGAAGAAUGGAUGAAGAAGAGUCCAGAUGAUAUGACAGAGGAGGAGAGAAUGAAAUUAAAAGAAUUUGAAGUUAGGAAGUAGAAGUUGGAAGAAGAAAAAGAGAAGAUUCGUAAAAACUUAGAAGCUGAACUCAAAAAAUUGAAUAAUGAAAUUACUGAUAUUUGUUAAAGAUUUGAUGAUAAAUUGUUAAUUCUAUUUAGAAGGAAAUUAGAAUAUGAUUAUAGAAUACUUGAAUAAGAAUUAUCAAUUGUAAGAUUGGCAUUAUCUAUUAUUAUCUCAUAAUAGGCUUAAUUGAGAGUUUCAGAAUUGGAGAAAUUGCAUGAUGAGAUGACUGCUCAAUUAAACCAAUUGCAAUAAAUGAAGAAUAAUCUAGAUUAAACUAGAGAUUUGACAUAAUAACAAAGGAAGACUUUGAAUGAUUAAAUUGUCAAUUACUUCAAUAGAGGCUAGACUGCCGGUAUGGAUGCAAACAAAGUUAAGAUCCUUUGGCAAUAUGCUUUUGAAGAUUAGAAGACCAAUGAAAGAGCAAAAUAGGAAUAAGAUGAAAAAUUGUUAAAAAUUCAAAAAUAUAAGGAUGUACUUAUCUAAAUUGAUCCUUUGUUUGAAAAUCAAAAGAAAAUCAUUUCUGCAUAAUUGGAUGAAUAAUUUGAAACCUACUUAUUUGAUAUCCAAGAAAAAGCCAGCAAUUUAUAAGGAAUUGAUUUUGAACAUGUUCGUGAUCAAUUAUUGUAAGUUCUAAGUUAAAGAUUCAGAAUGAAAUUAGAUUAUGAAAAAAUUGAUAAGGAUUCUAAUGAUCUUGAAAAUUUCAAUAAAAAGUUUGAAUAAGAAUUUAAUCAAUUAUCUUCCUAACUCUAAAAUAGUGAAGAAGAUAUUUAGAGUCUACAUAAUAUGCUUGAAAAGAGUAGAUCUAAUAUUGAAGUCAUGUUCAGAUUCAAAUAAGGAUAUGUUGAAAUCAGUCAAGAUAAGCCAGUCCCUAAUUUAUAGGAUGCAGCACUAAUUCCUAGAGAAACUAUUGAGAAAAAGAAUGAUGAAAUCAAAAAGGAAGGAGAUACUAAAAUUGAAUUGAUGAAAGAUAUUAUCAAAAGUAAAUAUUAAGUUGAAAAAAAUGAAUAUGACCUAAAGAAGAGAGAUCUCAUUAUAUAGGAUUUAGAAUGCAAGACUAGAGAAGUCUAAUUGUUGAAAGUUAAAAAAGAAAUGCAAAUUGCUUUAACCAAAGAUGACACCAGAUUGAAUGAGAGAGAACUGGCUAACCUAAAAGAUUAGAUUGAUCUUUUAAAGAGUGCUACUGAUAAGAGAUUAUAGAUUAUUAACAAGAAGAGAGAGAAGAUUGAAAAAGAUAUCGAUUUCAUUAAAAAGGAGAAUCAAUAAUUGAUUGGAUAAGGAGGAGUUUUAUCUGGAAAUGUCAAAUAAUUAUAAGAUAUCUCAGAUAUGUAGAAUAAAAAGAAUGUUAGGUAAGGAGAAGAAUAAUAAGAACCAUAAGAAGACAAAUUUACUUAAAUUGCUCGAAAUUACAGACUAUUUAAGAAAGCCAAGGAAUAGGCCGAAGAAAUCGAGAUUUUGAGAGACGAGCUUACAAAACUUAAAGCUAAGACAUUUGCUAAUUUCUAAUAAGUUCACCGCUGA